AUGGCAUCGGUGCCUUCCAUUGGAUGCCUUCUGGCCAAAACCCAGCAUUAUCGAAAAGCCAGUGUUUCUUCAGGCACCUCUUUAACUGGCUCUGAUUCUGUUCACUUCGUAGAUGAUGACAAAUCCCAGCAAGGUAUUUUACCUGAAGUGGCAGAAUCCACCUGGUGGUUUAAAUCCUUUUUCCAGUCUGAACCUGUGCUUUCAAAUGUAAAAAGAGAAGACCAGGCUGCUUGUGGCGGGAAUGGAUCGGGAAUCAGAGGCAAGGUUCUAAAUUUGUUUUUCCAACCUACAGGAACAAAUAACAAUUAUCUACUCCAAUAAAAGGAAUCACAGCUCCUCAGGGAAAUGGCUGAUCCCAGGACAGACUGCAGUAAAAACGAGGGCAGCUGCCGUGCGGGGGAUGAGCUGAAAGCUGGCGGCUGCCACCACGGAGCCCUGUGGUGGACGCAGGCGGCCCGGGUGCCUCGGGACGUGAACUCUCCUUGCAACGACUACCUACGGAGAGAACUCUGGUGCCCGCAGCUGCGUCCCCCAGCCGUGUGUCCGGGGAGCGGGGCAGGGGCGGUGCCCUGA